GGUGUGUUCGCCCAAUUUGAGUGGCAGCAGCGCGAUGCCUUUGAUGAAAUCAAAUACAGAUUUGACAAAGUGAACGGCGACAAUUGUCCUAUACAACAUCUUAGCGAUCUUUACUUGCCAGAGGAUACAGUUUCCCACAAGCCGGACAUUAAGGAGAUCAACAUCAAUCCGAUAUUUCCAAAUCGCACGGCGCUGCUUCAUUUACAUAAUAUGGCUAUGAGCCGCAGCUUCUUUUGGAGUUAUAUACUGCAGUCACGUUUUAUACGCCCAGCCAUUAAUGACACCUAUGAUCCUGGCAUGAUGUAUUACUUUCUCUCCACUGUCGCUGACGUAUCAGCAAAUCCGUACAUAAACGCGUCAGCAAUUUAUUUCGCCCCAAACAGCUCCUACACGUCAUCCUACCGGGGCUUCUUCAAUAAAACAUUCCCACGUUUUGGACCGCGAACAUUUCGCUUGGAUGAUUUCAAUGAUCCAAUUCACUUGCAAAAAAUUUCCACUUGGAAUACAUUCGAUGUACGUGAUUUGGGGGCGCAUCCUCCAGAUACGAAAUCACAGGAUUAUACAUCAGACUUGUAUAAAAUAAAUGAGUGGUAUAAGACAUGGCUGCCAGACGAUGUAGAAGGUAGGCACGAUACCAAAACUACAUAUCAAGUUGAAAUACGCUACGCCAACAACACAAAUGAAACGUUUACAUUUCACGGUCCCCCCGGGGCCGAUGAAAGUCCAGGCCCAGUAAAAUGGACACGCCCUUAUUUUGAUUGUGGUCGUUCCAAUAAGUGGCUUGUCUCUGCUGUGGUGCCCAUUGCUGACAUUUACCCUCGACAUACGCAAUUCAGACACAUUGAAUAUCCCAAGUAUACUGCUAUUGCCGUACUGGAAAUGGAUUUUGAGCGUUUGGACAUAAACCAAUGUCCAAAGGGCGAGGGCAAUAAGGGGCCAAAUCACUUUGCCGACACUGCGCGUUGUAAAAAAGAAACUACCGAAUGCGAGCCGCUGCACGGUUGGGGCUUCCGGCGUGGCGGCUAUCAAUGUCGAUGUAGGCCCGGUUAUCGAUUGCCGAACGUUGUGAGGCGGCCGUACUUAGGUGAAAUUGUUGAACGUGCAUCAGCAGAACAAUACUACAAUGAUUAUGAUUGCCUCAAAAUCGGAUGGGUGCAAAAAGUGCCUAUACAAUGGGAGCGUGUAUCAUACGACGUGCGUGAGAAAUAUUUAGAUUUACAUCCGGAAUAUCGCAAUUAUACUACCGGCUCCCGUGCUUUGCAUGCAGAACAUAUUAAUAUUGAUCAGACGCUCAAAUUCAUACAUGGCGUAAAUUAUCGCACGUGUAAGAAUUUCCAUCCGCAAGAUUUGAUAUUGCGCGGCGAUGUCAGUUAUGGAGCAAAAGAACAGUUUGAAAAUGAGGCUAAAAUGGCUGUCCGUUUGGCGAAUUUCAUUAGUGCAUUCUUGCAGAUUUCUGAUCCUAACGAGGUGUACACCGGCAAACGUGUGGCCGACAAACCGCUGACCGAAGAUCAAAUGAUCGGCGAGACACUGGCCAUUGUCUUGGGCGACACAAAGGUCUGGUCGGCUGCCAUGUUUUGGGAACGCAACAAAUUCACCAACCGCACCUAUUUUGCACCAUACGCGUACAAAACCGAAUUGAAUACACGCAAAUUUAAAGUCGAAGACUUAGCACGUCUGAACAAAACGCACGAAAUAUAUACGGAGAAGAAGUAUUUCAAGUUUUUGAAACAACGUUGGUCCGCCAACUUUGAUGACCUAGAAACGUUCUAUAUGAAAAUGAAGUUGCGUCACAACGAAACAGGUGAAUAUAUGCAAAAAUACGAACACUACCCGAAUUCGUAUCGUGCGGCAAACCUGAAGCACGGCUUUUGGACACAACCGCAAUUCGAUUGUGAUGGCUAUGUGAAGAAGUGGCUCGUGACCUAUGCGGCACCCUUUUUUGGCUGGGAUAGCCUUAAAGUGAAACUGGAAUUCAAGGGUGUGGUUGCCGUUUCGAUGGAUAUGUUGCAAUUGGACAUUAAUCAGUGCCCCGAUUGGUUCUUUGAACCCAACGCUUUCAAAAACACGCACAAAUGUGAUGACCGAACGUCAUAUUGUGUACCCAUUAUGGGUCGUGGCUAUGAAACAGGUGGUUACAAAUGUGAAUGUCUACAAGGCUACGAAUACCCCUUCGAAGAUCCGAUCACCUACUACGACGGUCAACUGGUAGAAGCUGAAUACCAAAACAUCGUAGCCGAUCAGCAAUCACGUUACGAUACAUUCCACUGCCGUUUGGCUGGCGCGCCUGGAUUGCAAGCCGCCAUCUCGCUAAUCGUAUCACUGCUUGGGUUAACGUUAAUAUUAAUGUAUAAGUUCAGGUGAAGAAACUGUAGCACAUGCGGUGGCGGCGGCAGCGGUGGCAUUUUACAAACAAGUGCCUGAAUCGCUCGUCACAGUAACAAACAAUCAAUACGUCCAUUUUCGUUUAAGUACUACAUAGUAUGUAAGUAAGAGUAUUUGAUAGCUAAAAAAGUGCAUAUAAUCAACCAUAGAAUUAUCUCUUCUGCACAAGAAGUGUGAAUGCCAAGAUAUACAUCCAUAUAUAACUAUAUACAUAUGUAUAUACAUACAUAAGGAAAUGCGUAUGUAGAAUAUUUUUAUAAGCUACCAAGAAUCUCAAAUAACAAAAAAAAACACACACUGCAAAAACAUUCCUUCCGUUCAUCCUGCCAACAACAGUAUUUGCAAAUAAUAAGCGAAAUAUUUACUAUCAAAGGCUGCGGUAUGAGCAGCAGCAACGUCGCUAACAACAACAACAUCAAUAGCAAUACAAUGGGGAAACGUGAGGAGUGCUGAGAAACAGUGUCAUCAUUUAUCCAAGGCGAUUAAGUUGUAGACAUAAUCUAUUACAAUGCAUCUAGUUAUUUGUCAUUUGUUGUAUAGCACAGCAGCGAGAUGAGGAGCAGAAAGUAAUCGACAGGCAACAAGCAGUGGUAUAAUCGCAGAAGAAAAGCGCAAACGUGCGUUAAGCAAGCAGCAACUUCAGCUUCGAAUUCCGCCUUCAGAGCUCAUAUUACCAUCAAUAGAAGGCACGAAAAUGCAAACGGGUAAAGCAUUUGAGAAACUACAAAAUUGGCAGAGUUCGCUGAGCGCAAAUUUAACAAAAACACUUUGGCAUAGCAAAAGCGACAAAGUUCGCAAUAAAAGAAAACCUGUUCAAUCAAAAGCCAAAUAAACUAGCUUUCUUGUGUCUCUCUACCACACGCUUACUACAACAUCUCGCGACUAAUUCUCGCUUCUUCUUUUGAGCAGCUGAGCUCAAAGAGAGUACAUUUAGAAACAUAAGCGCCUUGAAAGGGUUGAAAAUAUGGCCACUGUGCCGAGUCUCAAUUGAAAACUCUCAGUCUUUAUUUGGCCAUGCCAUUCAAAGUUGUGGUCGCAAAGUCUUAGACAUUCAGAGGCGAUCAAAGCUGAGUGUGCCCAUUGUUGUUGUUGCUGUUGUUAGUGUUGGCUUGCUGUCAGCCUUACACCCUUCUUUCUAUGAACUGUCCACACAACGAGAUGCGCUUACUGGCAUGCCAAAUCGCCGGGUCGUCCAUGCGCAUGUCCGUCUGCGUGUAUGCCUUGUACCUUAGACGCUUUUUAAGGUGUGCGAGUGUGUUUUUUACAUAUGCCCUCCUGUGCUGUCUGAUUCGCUGAUGUGUACUUUUUAUGCGCCUCUUUCCUUGUUUUUGUAUUUUUCAUUAUUUUUUGCAUGAAUUAAAAUUUUUUCAUAGUUGAUUAUCAAAUGUGCCUGAAUUUUUAUUAUCUUCAAUUGCACCCUGAGAACCUUUUUUCCUCUGCCGCCAGUAGUGGCGAUUAUGCCUAGCAAAAAAACCAGUUCAACACUUGGUCCGGCAAAAACGCCGUUACUUUUUUGAAUCGGCAAAAAAUAUAGCGCACAUAGCGUUUUUGAGUAACUUUGAUAUCAAAAAAUAUUUACGGAAGAAAAAAAAAACCCAGAGACGAUGCGCAUGAUUUAGGCUUCGCAGUCGUCCUUCGCAGUGGUCAAAGUUUUUGCAGCAAAAUAUUUUCACACAUUUUUCAUAUUUAGCGCUCGGUGAUUGACCACUAGAAGGAAGAGCGUCGUGUUCGCUGCCUAAUCGGCAGUCAGGGAGGGAGGCAGACAAGCAGGCAGGCAGCCAGACAGGCAGGACGGUGAUAGGUUUGCAUAGCAAACGAGUGGUACCUCCUCCUGCUGCUUUUAUUUUUUAUUACACUCCAUUUUAUGAUUAGUUUUUGCACCGCUUUCUGCUAAGAUGCGCUUCGUGGUCUAUUGUAUUCGCGCCACCAACGUGCGGCGUAUGGCUCACAGCUGUGCGCUGCUUUGCAAUACGGACCAAUAUGAAGAUAAUAAUAAUAUCUGCACCAGUUUUUGUAGUUGUUGGCUUUGAUGAAAAAACGGGUUUUGAGUUUUUUAUGAACUUUAUUAGUCUUUUGUAUUU